AUGGAUCGUCAAUAUCGUACAACACCAUGUACAUUCUAUUUUCUCAUUGGUACUGUGCAUGAUCUGCUUCUUAUUCUAAUUGUUCUUGGCUUACGCUUAGUAACUGUUGGUUUUGGUAUCGAUUUGACUCGAAUAUCAGUUGUAUGGUGUAAGGCUCGAUACUACUUUUUCUGUACUUGGGCUGGCAUAUUGUUAACUUGUCAAUGCUUAGCAACACUUGAUCAAUUUCUUGUCACAUCAAAAAAUGCUCGUCUUCGUCGUUUGAGCACUAUAAAAGGCGCUCAUCGAGCUGUUGUUGUUACCCUUAUUGUCUGGUGGGGACAAUGUAUACCAUGGUUGAUCUAUCAAAAUAUAUCACCCAUCAAUGGCGCAUGCAUAUAUAUCAAUCCAAUUUUUCUUCGUUACGUCAUCUUUUUUGGUUUGGUUAGUAUUAGCUUGGUUCCAAGUGUGUUCCUGACCAUAUUCGGAUUUUUAGCUUAUAGAAAUAUAUCGCAAACGACGACUCUCAAUCAACAAAAUGCACAUCGUCAAAUGACGAUCAUGGUUUGUAUGCAAAUCUUUCCAGUUGUUUUGAGUGGAAUAUUUAAUGGUGGGUGGAAUAUCUACACAUUUGUUACUUAUGAAAUGGUGAAGGAUGAUAAUCUAUUAUCUAAAGAAUAUUUGAUUCAAUCAACAAUUGCUCUCUUGGCAUAUUUGGGAAGUUCUGCAAGAUUCUAUUUAUUCUUGAUUGCUUCGAGUCGGUUUCGUCAAGUGACUAAACGAUGGAUCUGUUGGUGUCGAGCACACGCUCAAGUUAUUCCCAAUGCCAAUUUAGUUAUGAUGGCACGCGACUGA